AUGUCCGCCACGCCGGAGGACUUCCUGGCGGCGCAGGAGGGGGCUGCGCCGUACCUGGUGGCGCCGGAGCCAUUCUCGCCCUCCGUCUUCCUCGACCUGCCCCCGACGCCGCCGGGGCGCCCGACCGACGACGACGACGACCCGGACCUCAUCCUCCCCUUCAUCUCCCGGAUGCUCAUGGAGGAGGACAUCGACGACAAGUUCUUCUACCAGUUCCCCGACCACCCGGCGCUCCUCACCGCGCAGCAGCCCUACGCGCAGAUCCUCUCCGACUCCGCCACCGCCUCCUCUCCGUCCGAAGAUUCCUGCUACGCCGCCGCCGCCGCCACCAACACCACCGCCACCACAACUACAACUACAACCAGCAGCAGCGGCUCGGGGACCGCCGGCGGCAACUCCACCCUCUCGCCCUCCUCCGACGCCCCCUCGUCCUCCCCCGACCCCGCCUCCUGGCCGCCCUACGACGACCAGGUCGACCUCUCCGACCUGCUCCGCUCCCCGCCGUACCUUUCUCCUGACAUGGGGGUCGGCCUCGACGACUUCGCCGGACUCUUGUCGCCGGCACAAGGACAGGAUGCCGCCCCCGCGGCACGAUUCCACUUCCAACAGAGUCCGCCGUUCUCGGAUGGCGGCGGAGGAAGAGGAGGAGGAGGAGAAGACCAACGGCAGCAACCUUCCUUCGCCGCCCAGAGCACUGGCGGAGCCCAACAACAGCGCGGCAGCCAGAGCUCCGCCGCGUUCUCCAGUGACAAGGAUGAAGAGGAGGAGACGAAGACAGAGUCCACCACCUUUCCUGCUGCCUACGCCGACCACGCCGCGCUGGCCUCGGCCUUCUUCGGCGCCCAGAAUGGGGGAAACAUGGACAUGCUCAACAUGGCGUUCCUCAAAGGCAUGGAGGAGGCCAAGAAGUUCUUGCCCACCACCAACAGCCUUCUCAUCGACCUUGACGACCCCUCUGGCAAAUCCUUGCCUAAAGACAGAGACAGCAAGCCCUCCACUGCCUUUGCUGCUACCCAAGUCCAAGUGAAGGAGGAGGAGGAGCAGGUGGUGAAUGCAAUAUCAAUGUUUGGGGGAAGCAGAAGCGCCAACGGCAGGGGCCGCAAGAACCGCCACGCCGCGGAGGAUGAUUUGGAGGCGGAGACAGGCAGGAGCAGCAAGCUGAUGAUGCCGGAGCAGGAGGAAACCGGUGCCAACGAGCUGUACAAUGAAAUCUUGAAUUGUACCUAUGAGUCGUUCAUGAAGCGCAUGGAGGACCUGCGCAUCGCCAUGGACAGUGAGACUGAGAAGAGCGCUAGGAAGGUCAGCAGGAAGGGGGCGCGGGGGAAGCAGAGUCUCGUGAACGAGGUCGUCGACCUGCGCACCAUGCUCAUCCAUUGCGCGCAGUCGGUGGCCACCGGCGAUCACCGGAGUGCGACUGAGGUGCUGAAGCAGAUCAAGCAGCACUCCUCGCCCCGAGGGGACGCCACACAGAGGCUGGCUCAUUGUUUCGCCAUGGGACUGGAGGCACGGCUUGCAGGCACGGGGAGCCAGGCGUACCAGUCGCUCAUGGCACAGCACACCUCGGUCGUGGAUGUUCUCAAGGCAUACAGGCUGUACGUGGCAGCCUGCUGCUUCAUGAAGGUGAAUUUCAUCUUCUCCCACAUGACAGUUGGCGACGCCUUGGCAGGGAGGAGCAAGUUGCACAUUGUGGAGUAUGGUGUGCAGCAUGGAUUCCAUUAUCCAGGUUUGUUCCAUCUACUGGCAAGGAGGGAAGGUGGACCGCCAGAGGUGAGGGUCACCGCAAUUGCCGUCCCACAGCCUGGGUUUCGCCCAGCCCACCAGAUUGAAGAAGCAGGCCACCGUCUCAGCAACAUUGCCCGUGAGAUGGGCGUGCCAUUCAAGUUCCGUGGUAUUGCAGCAAAGUGGGAGGCCGUGCGUGCUAAGGACCUCAAUAUUGAUCCGGAUGAGGUGCUUGUUGUCAACAGUGAGUGCUAUAUCGGCAACUUGAUGGACGAGAGCGUUUUGGUGGACAGCCUGAGCCCUAGGGACACGGUCCUCAAUAACAUCCGGGAGAUGCGGCCCAAUGUGUUCAUCCAUAUCAUAGUAAAUGGAACCUAUGGUGCACCAUUCUUUUUGACACGGUUCCGGGAGGCACUCUUCUUUUUCUCGGCACAAUUCGACAUGAUCGAUGCGACCAUCCCCAGGGACAAUGCUGAACGGCUGCUGAUCGAGCGGAAUAUCUUUGGGUCGUUUGCCCUAAAUGUGAUUGCUUGUGAGGGUGCAGACAGGGUGGAACGGCCUGAAACUUAUAAGCAAUGGCAGGUGCGAAACCACAGGGCUGGGCUCAGGCAGCUACCACUGAAUCCAGAGGUUGUCAAGGCUGCCAGGGACAAGGUCAAGAACUAUUAUCACAGAGACUUCCUCGUCGAUGAGGAUAACCGGUGGUUGCUGCUCGGAUGGAAGGGACAUCCGAGUGGUGGCGUUCAAGUUUUCCAACAUGACCAUCUGCAAGGCUAUUGCAGGGAGGAAAAGGGUACACAUUGUGGAUUACGGCAUACAUUACGGAUCCCAGUGGCCAGGUUUGCUGAAAUGUUUAUCUAUAUGCCCGGGAGGGCCACCGAAAUGAGGAUCACUGGCAUUGAUCUUCCCCAGCCUGGGUUCCGUCCAGCGGCUCGGGUCCAGGAGACAGGGCGGCUGCUUAGCAGUUAUGCUUGUCAGGUCGGCGUGCCGUUCAAGUACCGUGGCAUUGCGGCUAAGUGGGAGACGGUUGGUGUUGAUGAUUUGGACAUCGACCCUGAUGAGGUACUCAUUGUCAAUAGCAUCCUCCAUUUUGGAAACUUGAUGGACGAAGGCUUGGACAGGUUGGAGUGCUCUGAGACAUAUAAGAAGUGGCAAUUGCGGAACCACCGGGCAGGGCUGAGACAGCUGCCGUUGGAUCCAGAUAUUGUCAAGGCAGUGCGGGAGAGUGUCAGGGACAAGUUUCACGAGGACUUUGUCAUUGAUGUGGAUCGUCAGUGGCUCCUGGGAGGAUGGAAGGGACGCAUACUCUAUGCAAUGUCGACAUGGGCUGCUGCUGAUUCUAUGUUGGAUUCUUAG